AGGCAACGUCCCCCUGCAAACACCCAAAGGCCCUGGAAGUGCUGAGCAGAAGCAGCAGCCGUUGUUACCUGAUGCCCCCCCCCUGUCAAGCAGAUCAUGAUGGGCAGUGAGGGAAGACUGAAAGACAUGGAUGAGGAUUUCCGGGAGAGCCUGAAGGACUAUAUCACUGCCCGGGUGGGCUCGGCCGGUCAACACGUCCGGAGGGACCAGCACGGGAAGCUGCUCACCGGGACACAGCUCGCUGCCAAGAUAAAGAAUUUAUCUGAUGUAAUGAAGAAACAUCGCUCCGGGUUCUCCUCCCCCUGUCAGGUACCAUCUCUGCCUCUGACCUGAUCAUGGGGUGUCUCUCCUCUCCCGUCCAUACCAGUGUAGCACUACACUGGGGUAGCACUGGGAGCUGAGUCCCUCCUGCUGGAGGAGAGUGGGAAAGGGUCUAGGUGAAACCUCUGGUUCUUGGACUGCGAGGUAAUCAAAGAUUUUCUCUAGAAUUGACAGCGGAUGGUGAUGGAGGGUUUCACCUACGGACACAUCUUGAGUCCUGACACCUGUAGCAUCAACCAACUCUGCAGAUGUUGGCAUGCAAAUGAGAGCAGUUUAUCAGAACUGGCCUGGAAAUGGGAUUUUUUGUUUUUCCUGUGGAAACCGUUGAGCUCCCAAAGCCCCCAAAUGUUUCCAUUUGGCAAUGCUGCCAAGGUGGCUCCUGGGAACUAUAGUUCAUGCUCCUCACAUGCCCCAUUCUCCUCUAUGGAGCUGGGCGUAGAGAGAAUGAGGCAGUCAAACUACAUUUCCCGCAUUGCAUCAUGGAUCCUCAUUGUGGUGAAGAGAAGCCCUGGACAUUGUGGUCCUGGUGCAUCAUGGGAGAUGAAGUCUGGCCAGGGAGCCCAGCACAUACAGCAGAAUGAGGCAUGUGAACUACAUUUCCCAUAAUGCGACAGCAUCUUCUUUCUUGGUGUGUGGACAUGGCCCCAGUGAAUCAUGGGAGACGUGGCCGUGGUGGGGAGAGGCGGCUUUAAAGCCACUAUUGUGCUCCCUGAUAUCCAGGACUAGGGUCCCUGGACCCAUUGUGUGUGAAGGGUCCGAGCCUGAGGCCUGGCUGCACUUGCAGAUGUAGAGCGCUGCGAGUGAAACCCGCCUUUGGAGAGCAUAGUAGGAAAGUGCUGCAGUGCGUCCAUACUGACAGCUGCCUGCGCACUGGCAUGGCCACUCGCAGCAGCAUUGGGAACGGUGCAUUAUGGGCAGUUCUCCCAGCAUGCAAGUG